GAAAAAUCAUCUCUUAUCAUCAACACUAUGCAACUUCUUCUUCGUCUUGUUUGCUGAUGCAAAACACAAGUCAACUGUUCUUAUGAUCUGUUGGAGAAAAAGGAGAGCACUUGUUGAUUUCGAUUCCUUGUGAUUGAGGAAGACACGAUCUUGUAACUGUCUGAUAUGGCAUCUUCAUCUGCUGUUGCUCAUAAAUGGAAGUAUGAUGUGUUCCUUAGUUUUAGAGGCAAGGAUACGCGCAAUAAUUUUACCAGCCAUCUCUAUGAUGCUUUGUGUCGUAAGAAAAUCAAGACCUUCAUUGAUGAUGGGCUUGAAAGAGGAGAAGAAAUUACGGGUGCACUUUUGAGAACAAUUGAAGAAUCGAGAAUUUCAGUGAUAAUAUUCUCAAGAAACUAUGCAUCUUCUCCAUGGUGUGUGGAUGAACUAGUGAAGAUACUUGAAUGCAAGAAGGCAUAUGGGCAGAUUGUUUUACCAGUUUUCUAUCAUGUGGACCCGUCUGAUGUUGAUGAACAAACAGGGAGUCUUGGGGAUGCGUUUGCUGAGCUUGAAAGAAAUUUUAAGCAGAAGAUGGACAAGGUUCCAAGGUGGAGAGCUGACUUAACAAGUGCUGCCAAUAUAUCCGGAUGGGAUUCACAAAUUAUUAGGCCUGAGUCGAGACUCGUGGAUCAAAUUGUGCAACAUAUUUUGAAGAAAUUGAAUUAUGCAUCCUCAAGUGAUUUGAAGGGCCUGGUCGGAAUGGAUUCACGCAUGAAGCAAAUCGAAGCCUUAUUAUGUACACAGUUACCAGAGGUGUGUGUUGUAGGAAUAUGGGGCAUGGGUGGUAUUGGUAAGACAACCAUUGCUGGAGAGAUUUUCAACAAGAUCGCAAGGGAAUAUGAAGGUCACUAUUUUCUUGCAAAUGUGAGGGAGGAAUCAGAAAAGAAUGGAGGAUUAUUUCGUAUGCGAGAUGAACUUUUCUCUAAAAUAACAGAGGAAGAAAAUCUACAUAUUCGCACUCCACGUAUUGGACUCCCUUUCAUUAAAGACAGGAUCUGCCGUAAAAAGAUUCUGAUUGUUUUCGAUGAUGUGAAUGAUGUAGAUCAAAUUGAAAUGUUACUUGGAGGAUGUGAGUCGUUUGGUCCAGGAAGUAGAAUUAUCCUAACAUCUAGAGAUAAACAGGUCCUUAAGAAAUAUUCAGACAAAAUAUUUGAGGUUGGGGGACUGAAUUACCAGGAAGCUCUUCAUCUCUUUAGUUUGCAUGCAUUUAAGGAUAAUCAUCCCCCAUACAAUUAUAUGGAGCUGUCUGUGAGGGCACUAAAUUACGCUAAAGGUAAUCCAUUAGCUCUUAAAGUCUUAGGUUCCUUUCUACUUGGCAGAACGAGAGAAGUAUGGGGAAGUGCAUUGAACAAGGUUGAAAAACUUCCUCAGAAAGAAGUUGAUAUUGUGUUGAGAAUAAGUUUUGAUGCACUUGAUAGAGAAGAGAAGAGUAUAUUUCUCGAUAUUGCAUGUUUUUUUAAAGGGCAGAACAUUGAUUUUACAAAGAGAAUACUAGAUGGCUGUGGCUUUUCAGCUGAUAUAGGAAUUAGUGUUCUUGUCGAUAAGUGUCUCGUUACUAUUUCUGGAAACAAGAUAGGGAUGCAUGAUUUGUUGCAGCAUAUGGCCCAUGAAAUUGUCAGCAUGGAAUCAGUCAAUGACCCAGGAAAACGCAGUAGAUUGUGGCAUUUUGAUGAUGUGUAUGAUGUGCUGACCAGAAAUCUGGGAACUAAAAACGUUGAAGGGAUAUCCGUAGACUUGGAUAGUUCUAAAAGGAUAAUGAAGGUGAGUUCCAGAGCGUUUGCGAGGAUGUAUAAUCUUAGAUUGCUCAAAGUUUAUAAUUCAGGAUUCGGAAAUAAUAGUGAAGUGCUCCUUCCUCAUGGCCUGGAUUCUAUUUCCAAUGAGUUGAGGUAUCUCCGCUGGGAUGGAUACCCUUUGAGAUCUUUGCCGUUCAAUUUUAUUCCGCAGAACCUUGUUGAAAUUAAUAUAUCUUCAAGCAAGGUUGAACAACUUUGGCAAGGAAACCAGAAUCUUGUGAAUCUAAAAGAGGUCAACCUCAGCAAUUGUAAGCAUCUAACAGAAAUCCCAGACCUCUCACAGGCUGCAAAUCUCGAGAGUUUGAAUCUUCAAUCCUGUACAAGUUUGACAGAAGUUCCUCAAUCUAUCCAAUAUCUAGACAAACUCUCCGAUUUCAAUCUGAGAUCCUGUACAAGCCUUAUAAGCCUGCCAAGUAGUAUUAAUUUGAAAUCACUCAAGACUCUUAACCUCUCAGGCUGCUUAAAUCUUAAGAAUUAUCCAGAGAUCGCGGAGAAUGUGCAGUACUUAAAUUUAAAUGAGACUUCAGUUCCAGAACUUCCCCGAUCAAUUGAGCAUCUUAGUAGACUUGUUGCAUUGAAUUUGAGGGAUUGUAAGCAACUUGGGAAUCUUCCGGAGGAUGUAUGUUCGUUGAAGUCACUUGAAAUUGCUGAUCUGUCAGGCUGCUCAAAUAUCACCAUGUUUCCAGCUUUUCCAGGGAAAGUCAGAUAUAUUUACUUGAGUGGAACUGCAAUAGAAGAAGUUCCGUCUUCAAUCGAUCGCCUUUCAAGACUCUUUUCUUUGGAUCUAAUGGGUUGCAAAAGGCUCAAGAAUCUUCCAUGUACUUUUUCUAGGUUGGCAUCUCUUGAAAAACUCAGUCUCUCUGGGUGCUCAAUCAUCACGGAGUUUCCAGAGCUUCCAGUGACUAUUAAGGAGUUGUAUCUGGAUGGGACAGCAAUACGAGAGAUUCCUUCAUCAGUUGAGCAUUUGUCCAACCUUGUUGAAUUGAGUCUGCAAAACUGUACAAGAUUUGAGAUUCUACCUG